AUGCCAGCAGCGCGCGGGCCCCGCGCCCCUAGGCUGGCGGCAGCCCUUGGCGGCGGCGGCUCGGCCGCCGCUGCUGCUGCGGCUGUUGCUGCCGCCGGUAGAAGCAGCCUGUCGGCGGUGUUUGUGCUGGUGGCGGGGGCGCUGGCAGAGGGCGCCGUCUUCCCCUGGAACCUGGGCAGGCUGGGCAACGCCUUCACGCUGUGGCUGGGCAUCGACCCCCCCGACCUCUUCUUCUACGCCUUCCUGCCACCCCUGCUUCUCCACUCCGCCCUCUCCAUCGACUACUUCCUGUUCAACAAGGCAGGGGCGGGACCAGCUUCCGGCCGGUACCAGCCUCCGCACAGAUUCACUUUGCUGAUUGGGCGCAGCUCGAGCCGCCCGGGCACAGCACCUGCUCCAGCCAGCGCAGCUCACAAUCGGAAAGCAGUCAUGAUGCAAGUCAUGGUGUUUGCCUUCCUGGUGGUGCUGCUCUCCACACUGCUGGCCACGCCCGUGCUGCUGUACGGCCUGCGCCUGGCGGGCUGGGGCUGGCGCUGGCAGCACGGCGCGCUCUUCAGCGCCAUGCUGGCGUCCACCGAUGCGCUGGCCAUCACCGCGGUGCUGCGGCGGGCGGGCGGGCCCGAGUCUCUCAUCACCCUGAUGGAGGGAGAGUCCCUGCUGAACGAUGCCUCGGGCAAGUAA